AAGAUUAUUAUCCAGUUCAUACUAUUAUAUCAUCCCUAUCUGUGCAAUAUACAAUUCCUUUUUGACAGCGAAACUAAAAAGGAAACAAAAAAUUAUCUGCCUGUUUUGUUUGUAAGAAGAGAGAGGGAUGGUUUUACUUAUCAGUGGAAAACUUAAGGAGGAAGAUAUGUCUUCUUCUUCAAAUCUUGUAUGAUUCACAGAAGAUAUUAUUACCAUAUAGUCAAAAUAGCAACAUGAAAACUCUCCUCUUUAAAUAUUGGCAUUAAACAUCUUUUUAUGAGCUAAACAAACACCCUCUCCUUUGCUUUGUUCUGAAAACUUUCAAGAGCCUUUUCUUUUCUCAGAAAGCAAAAGCACCUUUUCAAGUUUCUGUUAUUAGAGCGCUACAAGACAUGGCGCCACCAAUCAAGCAAACCUUUGUGCUGGAAGUGAGCGUGAGAUCUGAAAAAGACAGGACCAAAGCGAUGGAGAUUGUAGGAGGAACAAAAGGAGUUGUGUCCGUGCAGUGUGAGAAAGGUCAAGGUAAGCUUACGGUGGAAGGAGAGGAUGUGGAUUUAGGUGUGCUUAUCCAAACUCUGGAGAAGAAAGUAGGCAGCACUCUUACCACUGCCUUUACAUCUAAUUUUAAGGGUUGAUGUGUUCUUGGGGGCAACAUUUGACAUGCUUUUCUAUUUCGUUGGUGUUUCCGGUUUCUAGUUUUUUUUUAUGGAUAUUUCACUUGUUUGAAAAUCACUAGAUUUUCAGUUUGUUAUAUGUUGUUGAAUGGACUCUGUUGCAUGAUGAAAGUUGCAGAUUUAUGAACA